AUGGCUAAUUACAUGAUCUUUUUCAAGGUAGCCAUCACCAUUUUAACUAUUACUUAUAACAGAGUUUUUGCAUCAGAUCCAGAUCCACUCCGGGAUGUUUGUGUCGCAGAUUACAACUCAUCUAUAACGGUGAACGGAUUUCCAUGCAAACGGAACUUUACAUUCACUCCAGAAGAUUUCGCAUCAAUGGAAAUUGCACAACCAGGAGAACCCAAUAUAUUUGGCACUCGAGUCGCUGUAGCCAACGUUUUUAAUAUGCCUGGCCUUAACACACAAGGUGUAUCAAUGACUCGAAUAGACUUUGAACGCGAUGGUUUAAACCCCCCACAUACUCACCCUCGAGCCACUGAAAUUAUAUUCGUAAAAGAGGGUACAUUAGUUGCUGGAUUUAUCACUACGGACAAUGUUUUUGUUAACAAGUUGAUCACAAAGGGUGAAGUCUUUGUUUUCCCAAGAGGUCUCAUCCAUUUCCAGUUUAAUGUUGGUGAAGGUAACGCAACUAUUAUUGUGGCCUUUAACAGCCAAAAUCCUGGUGUUCAGGUUAUUGCACUUUCCAUGUUUGCGAGUAGACCUCAAAUUCCAGAAGAAGUCGUGGCCAGGGCAUUUCAAACUAGUGUUGAGGAAGUUCGGGCGAUAAGAGCAAGACUCGUGCCUACGAAUGUGACCAUGGAACAUAAUCAUGCAAUUAUGUAG